AUGUCAUCCGGGCGCAAGAUUGGCAAGAGAGCGUGUGACGCGUGCAAGAUCCGCAAGAUCAAGUGCACAGAAGUCCCGCCGUGUGACGGUUGCGCCGCCAUCGGUACCGCAUGCACUUUCAACAAGGUCCCUGCCACUCGCGGGCCCCGGAACCUGAGGGCGAAGACGAUACGACAGAUCGCCCAGGCCCAGCAGGAAACCGCCGCCUCCGCUACCGCUCCCACAAACUCAACUUCACCAACAAGCGAUGGGGCCGCCGUCGCAUCUACCCCGGCCGCCGGUACCGCGCCCUCGGGAGCCACGUCGUCAUCGCGGUCCCCUUCCUCAUCCGAGGGUGGUUCGUCCGAGGGCACGAGGGGCUCCACCGGCGGACAGCGACUCGCUCGGCAAGAGACCGCGCUGCAGCCGCAGAGGACCCCUAGUGCGUCACUCGUCCUGAGACUAUGCAUAUACCGCCUGCGUCUGUUCCCUGUGUGGCCCAUCAUCGCGGUCGAGGAGAUCAUGGCCUCGCUGUCCCGCGACGCUGAUGAUCUCGAGUCCUACGUCUUGGCUAACGCCGUUGGGGCCGCCACCAUCUCCCAGCUGAAGCUGGCCACAACGGACAACGAUGACCCGGCGACGGCGAGCUCGAUGGAGGCCGAGUGUCAGCGGUCGAGGAUGACCCUUCAGGAACGGGAGGGUGGCCCGCCGAUGAAUCUCAACUGGCUGAGAACCUCCUUUUUCCUCCAUGUUUAUCAUGAAAACCAGCAACCGGGGGGGGGCAAAUCUCUGCUCUACCUUCGGGAGGCCAUCACUAUUGCCCAAAUAAUGGGAUUGCAUAAGGAGUCGUCCUAUGCGGCUCUACCGUUGCCAGAGCAGCAAAUGAAGAGGAGGAUUUUGUGGUUGCUGUUCGUCACAGAAAGAGGAGUCGCAAUGCUUCACAAGUUGCCCGUGGUGCUGAAAUCAAACAUCCGCUUCCCGUCCUUGGACGGUUCAGGGGUGGGCGAAGACGAGGGCCACAUCCUGCCGGCGUUCAAGAAGCUGGCCAAUCUUUUCUGGAUCUUUGACCAAAGUGGCGCCUUCGACAUACUCCAGAACUCGGAUGACGAGGACGCCAUGUGGUCCAUGGCAGACGGCCUGCAGACCGCCAGCAGAGCGUGCCUCGACGUGGUUCAGAGAAAGCUCCAAGAGAUACCCCUAGACUCCGAUGCGAGCAACGACAUCCAGCGCGCUGACAUUGUCGUCACCCGUCAGUGGAUGCAGGCGGUGCUUUGGAAGGUGACCAUGAACCACGGCCGUGCCUGGUCUGGGAACAACGUCACCUCCCUAUCGCAUCCAAUACAAAUAGCCAAGGAGUUCCUUCAGCUCAUCUCGCAGCUUCCAAGCACAGCCAUUGAAGCCCAUGGCCCUGGAAUAGAGUUCAAGAUUUAUGAAAUUGCGAGCGCCGUUACCGACGCCGUUGCGAACAACUUCCGGCUGCCGCGAUCCUCGAUGGACGGGCCAAGAGACAUUCUGCUCCAGCUGCAAAGGGUUCUUGCAUCCUGUCGCGGCGGCAACAAGGCCCUGUUGGAGAUGCUCUGCACUCGAAUAGCCGAGGUCCAAGACGGUCCGCUACUGGCCAUGAAUAGGAACCUAACCCCUAGAGUCCAAGAGGUUAACGACGACCAAUGGCGCAACGAGAGAGCUGCCGAAGCCAACGGCCAAACGAACGUCUUUACGGCGAUCAAUGGCAUGUCAAAUCCCGACCAGCCAUACGCCCAGGCCCAAGCAAGCUUCCUCUCCAUGUUCGACAAGGACGGCGCUGCGCAAAGCAUGGGCAAUGGCGGCCCGGUGCCACUGUCCUCUCAGCGGCAGAACCUUGGCCGCCCUAUCUGGGACCAGCCAGCCCAGAUGGGCCCGGGCGCGCACGAUCUCAUCGAUCAGCUACAGAACUUUGACGGCUCCUUCAACACCGUCGAGUCCAACGGCACGCUCGAUAUGCUUUUUGCCAAUGGGGCCUUGUGGGACAACGUUACGAACGACGACUGGAUGGCCUCGGUGCAGAACAACCCUGGUGUCUUCAACAGCCCCACGCAGGCCUCUGCGAAUCUGCAGAGAACGUAUGAGUAG